AUGAGUUCGACAUCGCAACAACCGCUCCAAGAAUGGCUCGUCAUCGUCCCCGACCACAAAGAAGCGCUGAGCAAGCGUCUCGCAGUCCGCCCGAAGCAUCUCGAAGGAAUGAAAGCGGAUAGAGAAGACUUUUGGCUUUGGGGUGGCGCCAUGCUCGAAGAACCAAUUCAACCCGGCGAUACGAACCCACCUAAAAUGAAGGGCUCGGCUUGCUUGGUUGGCGCUGCGACGCGUGAGGAGGUGGUGGAGAGGCUGAAGAGGGAUGUCUAUGUCAAUGAGGGCGUGUGGAAUUGGGAUGAGGUGCAGAUUAUUCCGUUCAAGAGUGCGAUUCGGAAGGCGUUGUAA